GGGAAAAGUUCCUGAGUUAUAUUAUUUAGCUUGACCUUACAGCAUGGGAAGAUGGCGCGACUGGAUAUUUACACGACCCACAGAGUGUUAGAUUUUCUUCAGUUAAUCCUAUUUUUACAGACAAUUCAACAUUACACAUCAUAUGUAACGGCAGUAGAAAGUCACAACCAAGGUAAAUCAUUAGCAAUUUAUUACAUUCCUGUUAAGAAUAACCACUAUGUUGUGUUUCGUUGUCAACAGAUUUUUCUGAGUGUUUAUUAAUAUUUUAAUUAUCUAUUUUUAGAAGUCUCACACUACAUGAAAAUAUAGGCUUUUGUCGGCUAUUUAAAUUAGUUUGUUAAUCGCUUUAGAGCUAAGUUACAAAUGACAGACAACACCCGUUCUUUUUCGCUUACUUACAUGAUUGGAAUUAUAUCAAAUCCCUGUUUUUGCACAUAUAGCCGUAAAUAUUUUUAUAAUGUGAUGUUACAUGUUAGUAGAUCAUCACCGGUCAGCGGCAGACGAAACUUGGGCAACUAAAUUAAAUAACAAUAUUAACACUGUCUUCUUCAUUUUAUGACUCUUUUACUUUCCAUGCAGGGCUUUGGCCUGCCUCACUACUUUCUUCCACUCAGACCUAACUAAUGCUUUCUUUUCCAUGCGUGGACUUGGAUUCCCAGUUGUAGAUCUUUUUCUACAUUAUCUGACCACUGACAUCCAUCCAUCUAACUACUAAGCCUAGGUCUGCCUUUGAGCUGUUUUCCUCUGGGGUUUCGGUGAUGCACCCUCUUCAAUCCUCUGUUAUUUGGCUUUCUCUCUAAGUGCCCUGCCCAGCGUAGCUUACCCUUUUUAAUUUUGCUACUAUAGUGGGAUCCUGAUAUAGUCUAUAGACUACAAUUCAUUGUUGGUUCAUAUUUUCUCCAUUAAUAUUCAUCCUCUGUUGGUCCAUAUAUUUUCCUGAGAUCUUUUCUCACCCAUGUGUUUAAUAGAUUUUCAGCCGUUUUUGUUAGGGUCCAAGUUUUACAAAUAGUUUUCUUUGUUUCUCUUGUAAUGCUUUUAUUUUUGAGUAUUUUCUGACUACUGAAGUAUGCCCUGUUUCCGGCUGAUAUUCUUUCUUUUAUUUCUGUUAGUAAUUUGUUUCUUUCAUUUAAUAAAGAUCCAAUGUAUUUGAAUUGAUUUACUUUUUCAAAAGUCUGGUUUCUGAUUUUAAUGGCUUUAUCUGUCUGUUAUUCUUUUAUCAUAGUCAUGUAUUAUGUUUUUGGUUGUUAAACGUCCAGCCCUGCUUUUAGUGAUGUGUCUCUUUUAUCAUAGUCAUGUAUUAUGUUUUUGGUUGUUAAACGUCCAGCCCUGCUUUUAGUGAUGUGUCUUCUAAUUCAAUAAAGGAUUUUGAUAUGUCUUUAAUACUUUUCCCUAGCAGUCCUAUCAUCAGCAUAUGCAAGAUACUGAAGGGGUUGGUUGUAGUAUGUGCCCAUUGGUUGUGGGUCUUGGGAUUCCCUCAAAAAGUAUCCUGUUAUUGUUCCUCAGGUGUCAGUAUAUAUGCUUUUUAUAACUAUCUCUUUGUAGGUUAAACCUUUACAGGGCAGACGUUCUUCCUUUUGCUAGCUUUGAACAGGCAAAAUUUUUCUGGUUUUUAGUAAGAUUUUGGGUUACGUUAGUAAAAGCAUCAAAUCUAAAGUGUUAAAAGUGUCUAUUGUCUGCAAUUAGUAUGUCCUCAAAAUAUUUAGCCCACCUCUCCAGUACUAUUUUCCAUAAUUAAUGCUCCAUACUGGCUCUCACACAUUUGCAGUCUGGCUUGGUAUCCAUUUUUUAAAAUCAUUUAUCCUCAUGUACAUUUCUCUUAUGUUUCCCUCUCUUGAUAAGUCUUCUAUUUAAUUUAGCUUAGCUUUACCCCCAUUCCCUCUUUUUCUUCCUACACAUUUUUGUGGCUUUCCUUCUGGCUUUCUAGUAUGUUGGUGUUGUCUUUCUGGUUUCCCUUUGUAUCAUGAUCAUUCAUGCUUUCUUCCUUUCUUCGACAGUCUCCCUGCAUUCAUUAUAAGAACAGCCUACUCUAUUGUUAGUUUUCUGGAAUCCUGCGACUUUUCCUGCUGUACUUUUCAUUGCAUUUUAAUUGUGUCCCACUGUUCAUUUACGUUGUUUUCCCUGUUUACUUCCUAUUGUGCUUCUACUUCAUUUUGGUAAGCUUUUGCAGUUAUUGGGUUUUGGUAAGGUUUUGGUAAUCAUAUAUUUUCUCUCUUUUGUUAAGGGCAUUGUUAAUUAUGCUUUUCUCUGCUUAUAUUUAACUCUUACAAGUAGAUGGUCAGAGUCUGCAUCUACCCCUUGACAGCUUCUUACAUCUUGUAUAUCUGAUCCAUGCCUCUGAUUGAUUAGAAAAUGGUCAAUUUGGUUGUGGGGGAUUCCAUCUGGUUAGUUCCAAGUAAUUUUAUGUAUAUUUUUGUGUGGGAGCUUGAUGCUGCUGACAUCCCUUUUCCUAAAGCAAAGUCUAUAGUCAGAUCCCAUUGUCAUUGGAUUCUUCAUGCAGACCUUUCUUGCCAAUAGUUGGCAUGAACACCUUUUCUUUUCCUAUUUUGGCAUUAAAGUCUCCAAUUACUAUUUUAAUAUCAUGUGGUGCCUCUUCGUAGAUCUUUUCCAGUGUCUCAUGAAAGGAUUCUUUAUCCUGAUAUUCCGUAUCUUUGGUGGGAGCAUGUACAUUUAUAAAUGUUAUAUUGAACAUUUUUCCUCGCACACACAAAGAGCACAAUCUUUCAUUUUCUGGUUUGAAGCUUGUGACUGCACUGACUGCUUUUUUUUUCACGGCAAAUCCUGUUCCUAGAGUGUUGGUGUUGUUACCACUAUAAAAUGUGGUGCAUUCUUUUGUUAUGAGGAAUUUUUCCAUCAAAUUUCUUGCAAUGCAGAAAUAUAUAUUUUAUAUUUAACCAGUUGAUUUACAAGACUGGCUUAGGCUCCUGCUCUAAACAGGCUUAUUACAUCCCAAGUCGCAAUCCUAAAAUCAUGUUGAUUUCCAUUGGUAUCAGUCCGGGUUUUAUUCUGUCGAUUGGCUUUCUUAACGUUAAUUUUUUUACAUGGCUGGGUUGUUACAAAUAUGAAAAGAAGGGGUUACAUCUUAUCCAGUAAAUGUCUUUUAUCUCACACAGUCAAUGCCAUCAAUGUUUUAUUUUUAAAAUAAUGUUUUAAAAAAAUUAUUUCACCUUGUUAUUCUGAAGGAUAAAUUGUUAUGACACUUUGUAGUUUUUUAACUAGUAUUUUUUUAAAAAGGAUAUUCUGCUUCUACAUAGCAGUGUAUUGAAGCUCUUUUUUUAUAUUAUUAAUAUCAAGACAUUAAGCCAUGAUCUAUUUAAAAAAGCUUAGCAUCAGAGACUAGUUAUUUUGGCAUUCAUUGCAUCUUAAAAUUAAUUUGUAAUGGAAAUAUUAUAAAAUCUUCUAAUCUUUAUCUUAUUUGGAGUUUUUAAAGCACUAGUAUUGUCAAAGGAUUUAUAAUAAUGUACCAACAAAUGUCAUGCAGAUAAAAUCAAUCAGUGUGGUCAUUAGAGAUAACAAGAAAUAUGUUUAUUGUAUUUGUAUUGAUUGUUUUUUUAAAACAUCAUCUAAUAGGGUUUGAGAAAUUGUUUUGAUAAUAUUGAUUCACAUUAGAAAAACAAAAACUAUGAAUAUAAGAUAAUAUAAUAAGCAAGUGAUGUUGGAGUGUUCAUAUUUUAUAACAUCUGUGACUGGUAAUAAAAUUGGUUUCUUUGGUCUUUUCAAGCAUUAUUAUUGUAGUUUUUAUUUUCACAAAGCUUCUAUUGCAUUGAAGAGAAGAAAAAUUGUUUUACGCAUUAUAGAUGCAUGCAGUGUAAUUUCUUGUGGGCUUUUUUCACUGGAUCAGCACUAGCAUUUAUGACUGAAAUUAAUGUCUUUAAAAAUUGAUGUGGCUUCACUCAACGGUUUAUUUAUUUCAACAAAUUAACAGUUCUGUGAGAAGUAAGGACAUACAUCUUGUAAUCAAAGUGAUAUGUUUAAUGAAGUUAUAAUUCUGUUAGGAUUGUUGUUGCUUGUGAUGUUAACUAGUUUAACUACCUUUGUAAGGAGUUAUUUCAAUUCAUUUAUGUUAAUUAUUUACGGUUUUAGCAGACAUUUUGGAUUAGGAUACAAAACAUACUGAAAUUCUCAUACAUGCUAGAGAUUAUGGAUAGUCAUUGGCUAUUUUAGUAUUCUACCUAAGAUUAUGUCACUUCAAAUCUAAAUUUCAUGCUAUUAGAUUUAAGUGCACCAGCAAAUGUUGUAAAAGGCUGCCCCUCAGUGAUCUAAUCUUUGCUGGCCUCACUUUUUAAUAAUUUUAUUUAUUUUUUUUUUUAAAACUAUUUUCAAAGGUCACAUAGCUACUAACCAAUGGAUCUGUUAACAAGUUUUCAUUACUCUUACAGCUAAGAAUACAUUUUAGAGGAUCAGGGAAUUUAAGCCCAAUGGUAAAUAGAUAUUUUGACAAAUAAAUAUCAGCCUUGUUUUUGUUUUUGUUUGAAAUUUUGAAUUACAAGUUUGGAUUUAUUUUUUAAAUGUAUUUUUUCACAGCAUUUGUACAAACAGACAAGCAAUUGACAUUUAUUGUAUCAGAUAGUAGAUACAUCAGCUCUGGUGUACCAUUAGAAGUAAGUAAAAAAAAAAAAUAUUAAGUUGUUAUAUCAAGGGAUAGUGCUAAUGCUAUUAUCAAUCAUCUUCAUUUAAAUGUAAAACCGUGUCCAUUUGUCUUUGAUUUGGAUUAUCAAACACCUAAUAUUGAAUAGUUAAGUUGUAAAGUUCAGCUCUUAUUUAUGCACUCAUAAGUCAAAAUAUUAAUAGUAUGCAUCUCUCUUUAUAAUUUUUUUUUAAAGACCCUCUACAGUGGGUUCCUUCAAAUGUCCUUGGUUCAUCUUGCAUUUAAUGUCUUGAAACUUGUUUUGUGCGUGUGCUUUUUUACACACAAAAGCUGCAUAUAAGAAUUUUAUUUUUCUUAUAGCUCCAAUCUCAGUUUCAUAUUAAACUGUUGUCUGUUUAUUUGUCUAAAUUGUCAGUGUGCUUUAGAUUUGUUUACCAACACCAAGAAUCAAGUCAUAUUUUUCUUUUAUUAAGAGGUUUAUAAUUCGUUUCCUUAUGGACUCAAAGCAACAUUUUGUUGAAAUAACAUUGCAAUAUUGAUCUUAAAUGUCAAUAUUCAUAUUUCUUUAAAAUCUUGCAACCUACAUUAUAUUUAGUUUAAUGUUUUUAAGGAAUUCAUGUCUCCUCCUCUCCCCCCCCCCUUUCUUUUUUUUUGGUAUGAUUACAGAUAAAACCAGGUUCAUCUCCAGAUUUAGGGUAAGUAUUGAUUAAGGUCCAUUGUAAUAUUACUAUUCCUCUAUCAUUGUUGUCUCAAACAAAUUGCCUAAGCUGUUAUUUUAUACUGUAGGGCUUCACAAUGUUGACACAUUACAACAGGGGUCUAAGCUGUUUUGAGGCAGAAUCCCACGUCCAUUAAUGUGUGCAUUCUCUCAGGUCACAUUUGUAUGAAAACCAAACAAGUGUUAAUAUAUACCAUAUUUAUCGCACUUUUUCUCCCUGAAAAUAGGGGGGAAAUCAUGUGUGCGUGUUAUACGCCGAUAUAAUGUUAAGGACCCAUACAUAGUACAUACUUCAUAGCAGUGCGAAUAGUGGGUGUUAAUACGCCAAAUAAAGACGGUAUCUGUUUUCAAAUUCAUUCUCAAAAUAUGUUGUUAAAAUGUAUGGUUUCUUUAAGUUAAUUCUGAAAUUCCUUAUUGUUGACCAUUAGAGACCUGAUAGGCAACUUGUCUGUUGUUACUGCAAAUGCACUGAUUUCAUGCUUAAUUUUAAAUACUUUAUUUAUCAUUUGUACGUGUUGUCACUUUUUAGUCCAUGCACACUUGGUGAACAGUAUUGUUGUGGGAAGACUGGUUCACUGUGGGGUCCUCAUUCAGCAGCAUACAACAGUUUUGAAGGUGUAUUAUCUGUUCUGAGGAUUGCUUCAGAUACUACUUCAAAUUAUUCAGAGAUAAAUUCUGAGUUCAACAUCUAUACAAAAUCCAUGCCAAAGGAUGGGGCUUGACUAGAGUUAUUUAAAUGUUGUUUUGGUUAUGCUUAGGCUCGGUAAUUGAUAUUACCUGCAUCAUGACCAAAGCAAUGGGUGGCUGGGUUAUUGUCAAAUCAACAUUCACCAUGCACAAUGCUCUGACUGAUGUGUUGAUUGUCACGCAGUUUAUUGUGAUGUGUCAUUCAAUCGUACCUGAUACCAUUUCUAUCAACUUAGCUUUGAUGCAUGGUUUGGGGAAUGUGGAAAUCUGGCCACGUCAAACGUUUCAGCAGUGUUUUCAAGCGGUCCAAUAUGAAUAUGUCAAUUUUGGUAAUCCCAUUAGCCCGUGUGUCAGCUAGGUUGUUUUUGUUAUGUGCUAUAAACAAACAAACAAACAAAAAACCCAACUCUUGUGAUAUAAUGUCAUCAUGCAUAAAUCUCGAGACAAAGAUCCCCCUCCCCUCUAGCCGUUAGCCCAACCACGGGCUUCCCCUGUUUUCCAUCACCCAGUCUCUAUACCUCAUAUGGUAAUCUAGCCUAAAUCUAAAAUAGUAAUCUAGCGCCUUACUUAUUGAAAGAAAAAACUUAAGCUGUUGGAGCUUAUGUUGUUUUUGUACCCCCUCACACCCCCUCCCCCAAACAAAACAACCACAUCUCUUUGAAACAAUAUUUAAUGUUUUUGUAAUUGGUAAAACUGAGUAAUUGCAGACAACAAGCUCCUAAACGUCUGUAGGCCGUUGGCUGGUGAAUCAGGGGCUUAAAAUAAAAUUUAGUAAGUGUGCGUAGAUUCUCUUUCUACAGUAAUCGAUGUGAUUAACAGGCAAGGUCCACUUAUUUGUGCUGGGAAGGUUAUCAAUUAUCCCUAUGCUUACUGAAAUUACACGUAUUACACGUCAACUUACGGUUGGGGGAGAGGGGUGUAAAUAUUCAAAGUACUGCUGAAAGUCGUCUAUCAUGCUGUAGAUUUUUAUUUGCUAUUUUAAUCACAGAUACUUUCAUGAAGUGGUCGCGACCCAUCUGUCGUUUAAAAAAGAGUGAAUGAAGCAUAGCCUGUCUCAGACCGUACUUAAUUGUUUUAGUAGGCUCCAGUUUAGUAAAUAAACGCUAAGAUAUGUAAUAUAUGACCAUUCGUUUACUCACUGUACAGUCUCAUUUUGGAAACACUCAAUAGUUUUCUAGACGGAGCUUCCUAACAUGCUCUAUAAUCUUCGAGCGCUAACGAAUUGUUAGUCUCCCCCCCCCACAAAAAAAAACAAACAACCCACACACAAAAGCAGCAGUUUCUUUUAAAAUUGAAACCUAAAUGGACUUUUUAAAAAUAUUAACAGAAGAACUUUAAACAAAUAACCGGUGACUUAUUACAAAGUAAAUAGUAAUGAAGAGUUUACAUUUCUAUAUGAUACAUUAAAAGUCAGUGGCUCCUAAUGUUUUGUUUUUGUACCGGUAUUCACUUAUUUUCGCACCACCCCCUCCCCCUGGAAUGUCAUUUCGAACCACCCCCAGAAAUGCCAUCUCGCACCCCCUGGGGAGACCUGUACUAGAUAAAUCUAAAUGCUGACUUUAACGGUUAACGAAAAGCCGUUUUGAGCUUAUGACUUUGGAAGACACAGCCAACAGCUGGUUAACUAAUAAAAACAAUUUAAAAAAAAAUAAAAAACCAGUAAUAUAAUAAACACAAAUUAUCAAAUCAACCGCUCUUUAAUGUACCGCCUCCCCGGUCAAUAAAUAGGAAUUAAUUUCCUCAAAUUUAAUGCUCCAUCUGUCGUGUCUCACCUUCAGCUUGUGACCUAAGCUCGUACAGAUCCAUCCAUCUGCUAAAGGUUGAUCCAGCCCUGAAUUAUGUUUCUUAUUUGUGCACCCUGUGUUGAGUUGGUCUUGUUACACCUCACACCUCUCUCUCUCUCUCUCUCCCCCCCCCCCCCCUUAUUAAAAAAAGUAUAAUAAAAUAAAUUAUAAAAUCGGUCAACGGUUUAUGGCAGCGCGCGUCCCGUUGCUCACCGGGCUGGCCUGAGCCACACCCAGGCUCACACUGCCCUUAUCUUUGAACGCAAACGAGUUGGGGUUGUGAAAAAUAAAUGAGCUUUUUAACACGUGGCAUUCAACCUGGUUGACCCUUUAUAACCGACAACAGCCAGGGCUCGUCUGAUACUGUUUGUGUCACUCAUUAGUGGGGGGGGGGUCAUAACUGGCGUAUGGCUACUAAUAACCGAUGAUCCAUUUGAAUUAUAAAUACAGUGGAAACUAGCCAUGGUGGAAUUUCGGAUAUAACAUGGUCAACUUAACUAGCCCAAGCUCAACAUCACAUAGGUCACCAACGACAAGUCAUAAAGAAAUACGCCAUUUUUUAACCAAGAUCGCCGAUCUUCCUACCACGCACCCCCCCUUAUUAUUAGAUCAGACUUAUUCACAUCCCAGGGAAACACCAACACAUGACAGUAGAAAGUAGCAUUAGAUAAGACUUAUCACAUCCCAGGGAAACACCAACACAUGACAGUAGAAAGUAGCAUUAGAUCAGACUUAUCACAUCACGAUGAUGAUGACAGAACGUGACACCAUUAAGGUGUAUCAUUGCAUCAGACUUGACAUCUCACAGUACUGUAAAACAAAACAUGACACCACUAGGAUUUAUUAUUAGAUCAGACUUGAUGCCGUAUGUGCGACUCAUCAACAUAUUAUAUUAGACUUAUUACCGUAUGUUAGACUUAUCAACGUAUAUUAGAAGACUUAUAAAUGUAUGUGGGACGAUUCACCGUAUGUUAAGCCUUAUCACCGUAUGUUCUGUAGGGGGUGGUCCGAGGCGGAAGUAUGUUCUGUAGGGGGUGGUCCGAGGCGGAAACUGUUUAAACGAAUUCUUAAAAUUAACACGAAUUAUAUACCAACCGACCAGAGUCCAAGUGGUAUAAAACUCGUAAGGAAGGUUAAAAAUUAAAAGAAAGAACAAUUGCUCGGAUAUUUUAGGAAUUCCCAAUGCUGAACUUGUAAUUUAAUGAACAAUAAACUUCUUACCCCUUUACUUAAAUUAUAGUUGUUGAACUAAAUGGUUGGAUUUUGUUUUUUUUUACUUGAAUGCAUUGAAGGGGAUCUCCUUGCUUGUUCUCCCAUCCGUAAUGAUUCCUGAAACUAGGAUUUAUUUUGAUUGCAAAAAUAUUAGCACGCGAAUUCUCGCUUAAUCUAUUAAUAAUGUCAUUUCAAAUUCAAAAAACGAUAAGAUGUGGCCGAUGAUUGAUAGCAACAUCGAGCUGAGGUCAAUAAAAGGGGCUGCGUAAUGUGUCGUAUCGUUACGCCCGUACUGAAUUCAUUUACUGACUUUCUUUCUCCCUAUAACGGUCAUACGCUUUUAAAUGUUCUUUUGUAACUACUUGCCCUACGCCAUUUUCUAUAGGCUGUAACAAAAUAUAUAUUCGAUCAUAAUGGGAGAAUGUGAUGCGUGCUUAUUAAAAAUUGACCGAUAUUUCUGGCACAGCGCCAGAGGAAUGCCCCUUAUUCCACUCGGACUCGGGUCGGUUGGUAUACGAAGGUGGAAUUCACAUCAAUUUAAAGGACUUGUUGUUGUAGCGGUCCAUUUCGUCAGCUGAUCGAGUCCUAGAGUGGUUCCGCCGGUUUUGUUUUUCGUUAUGCAAGCUUAACGGUCACGCUUUGUGCUUCUUUUAUUUAAUUUUUAAAUACACCAGUUAUUAUGAAGACAACUAGAGCGCUACAUGACAUAAUACAGUCUUGUCAGCAGCACGUUGGAGAUGAAACACUGUUAACGUGUGAUUGCUUUGUUUAAUGACACAUAGUGUGACGUCCCCCACCCUUCCGGUCUCCCCUUUUACAAUAUUUUGUGUCGCAUACUUUCAUAAGGAAAAAUCGCCCCCAUCCUUCGGGUCUCCCCUUUACAAUACAUUUGAUCGCAUACUUUCAUACGGUAAAAUCGCCCCCCACCUUUAGGGUCUCCCCCUUUACACGUACUUUCUAUCGCAUACUUUCAUGUGGACAAAGCGCCUUACGAAGAAUACAAUAGUAACAAAACAACAGAUCAGUUUAAGCAUAGGCGCGUACAUCCAUGAUGAUAAUAUCUACAUUAUGAUUUUCAUUAUCUUGUGAGUCGCCCCAGCCUCUCCGGCACUUGACACAUUGGAUUAAUCCGAAAUUUGUUGGGUUGUCUCAGGAAGUACUUUUGACUUCCGUCUUUUACUGACUUGACUAAUGUGUUGUAAACAGUUGAUCACAUCACUUACUUAGAUCUGUGCCUCUUGGAUUGUAUUUGUAUAACGCUAAGACUACAGGCCUGCAGUUCUCAAAUAUGCAUAGGCCUGCAGUUCAAAGAUGUUUCCGGCCAGUGAAUCUGUUUCGUUAUCUCAUAUCACCACUCCUAUUUUUGUCGCGUUCUCCAGGAUCCUCGACUAUGCUCAACAUGUCCCAACCAGCAAGUGUAACGGAAAGUUUUACUCUAAACACCGCCAUUGAUUGGCUCCCGUGAACGACGUGGCGAUAAUUGAGUUGCUUUUUGAUGCCGGCUGUAUUGGAACAUUCGACACGCAGUUAUCGGGAGUGAUGGGGACAUAUCUGACCACUCUCUUGGCUCCCACCCCCCCCCGGUCUGUUUCCCCUUGAAUUACUCUUCAGCAGUGUUUAAAAAAUGAAUCUCUCGAAUGCUGAAUAUUUGUAUUAAGUGGACGAAAAUAUACCACAGCGUUUCUCUACGUGGGGGCGCCCCUAAAAGGGGAGGGGGGUGGGCUAUUUAAGGUUUAUGGUGGACAUUAUGUAGCUGGCGGAAUUUAUUUACACAUCGGUAAGGGGUUGCAUUGUUUGGUGGGAAAUGAUGUGGGUGGGAAGUUAACCUUUUUUUUUAAUAUUAAAGACUUUCUUUCUGCUGGCAUUUCCAUCUUGCGGAAGUUUUUGUUUACUCACGUGACAUUGUUAGAGUGAGUCUUUCUCGUGCAGAGUUCAUCCGGUGAACGGUUGCAAAAUGACACCGGGUCGACGGAUGUGGGGGAACACUGGCGCCCAAAUUAAUCGCGUUUACAAUUUUAAUACGAAAAAGUAGAACAUUUGAAAUACUUUCUAUCACAGACGAGUUGAGGCACACACAAAAAGUAGAGAAUAAUUGAAAUUUUCUUAUUAAUGCAUUACGCAAAGAGGUCUUUGCAGAAAAUAUUUUUAAAAAUUUUUUAAAUGAUAAGUUUCUUCGAAAUUUCAUCGAAAUUUCUGCGCUCUUUCGUUUUAUGUAGAUAUAUAUUCUGCUUUUUUGAAACUCGUUUUUGACAGAAUAUAAAGUUAUAUAUAUAGUUGCUCCGCUAAGGCGUGGGGGAAAAGGGUUGGGAGACAAGGGCCUACCUUGAAUAUUGGGUGAUUGUGCAAUCAAAAGUUGGGAGACAAGGGCCUACCUUGAAUAUUGGGUGAUUGUGCAAUCAAGAGUUGCCAUUUUUCAGUCCACCUUUUCACGGACAUCCCAAAAUUUUAACAACUUUUUUUUGUGUGUGUGGACGGGUUCCCUCUCACUCACUCUCGAGGAAGGCUUCAAAUUUAAGUCAAGGGCUGUAUUUUGUUCUCACACACUUAUGCAUCCAGGAUCAAACAAUGCAAUGCUAUAUUUUCUGAAAAUCUUAUGAUGGCGCUUCAGGAACUGGAUUUAAAUAUUUGUUAUCGCUGAUUUUCUUUAUAUCUCUCAUGCACACAUCGUGUGGUUGUAGUGUGGGCUGCCAGCGCCCGGGGGGGGGGGGGAAGGCCAGUUUGUGGGCGCCUACCUUUAUGGUUUUCCCCCCCCCGAAUCCCUUCCUUGGGUUUUGUUUUUUUUUCUUUUUAACCCCCCCCCCCCCAACUGGAUGUGAAUUGUAUUUUAAUAAAAUACUGUCCUAUUUUAGAUUUUAUAGAGUUAACAUUGCUUCUCAAUUAUUUUUGUUUGAAAUUGUGCGCCCGGGCUAACCUCUUUAUGGUCCCCGACGCUAGGCGACGCCUCUGCACUCACCGAUUAACUUUAAACUGACGGAUGCAUGUUGUGUCUGCGGGUGAUAAGACUAAUCUCUACUGCGUAAAAUGCACAUAGUCUGAAAGUGCCUCCGAUCAAUUGGAAUGCACUGCGUGUUUUUUUUUUUGGUCAAGGCCUGGUACUUGGUUUGUCCAAGGCUGUUGUCGCAAAUCGGAACUGAAACCAACUAACCCCCACUCCCUCGCUUAAGCUUAUCACUCACGGUGUGUGCUGAAUCACUGACUUCAGUGAUAGAACCAUUACUCGCUCUCCCAACAGAUGAAUCACCAAGGACUCAAUCUUUGAGUUCACUAAAUACAUUGACGUCAGUUAGAUCUAUAUUUUUUAACGAAAAAUUAUUAUUAUUAUUUUUUUUUUUUUAUCCUUACGAGGCCGGUCAUUGCUUUCAGGCAAGGCGAUGUCUGUAUUGUUUGCUCUUGCGUAGAUAUCAUGUGAUUUCGAUCCCCCCCCCCCCCCGAACAAAUACUUUAUUUUUUAAAAUGCAAAUCUUCCCCUAUGCUAUAGUUUUAAAUUGCCACUUAUUGGAGAAACGCUGAACUACUAGUUCCGCUAUUUUUCCAGUGCUAACAGUUGAUUCUGGAAUGGGCAAUGCUGCAAAAAUAACCUAUAAAAUAAACGCCCCCAUUCUGGUGGAGGACACGCUAUAGGCUAUGUCGAACGUUUUGUAUAAUGCAUCUAAGUAUAGUGCUUACAGCCUUGCAUUUUAACGUUAUGUACACUAGAGGGAUUGGUUACAUCGAUUAAAUCUCAUUCUUUUCUUCUUUUUUUUUUAUAAAAGCUUUGGUUUACCGGUAAUCAGUCAUUUCACCAAUACAUUUCUGUUAAAUCAAUAACAUGUUCUAACCUAUCGGCCGCUUUGAAUAACUCUUUCCCUGAUCGCUGAUAGACUGAAUUUCAUGACGCUAGAAGUGAGGUAACUGCCGCGUGGUUUCUACUGAUGCGUUACAAUAAAUAUUCCCAGCCGUAAGGGACGGUGAAGUGACACACUGACCCAAUUGAACUGAACGUCUUGUUGUGUGUUUAUGUGGGUGUCGGUUGUCGGGAGAGAAACACAGAGAUUGUUCACUUGCAAUUACGGCUAGUUGUAAAUAUGCUCAUCCCAAGUCACGUAAAUAUUCAGUCGUAAGAGUAUAUGGUGCAUUCUGCUAUAUUUGCAGGGAUGUAGAUUGGGGCGGUCCACCCCGGGCCUGCACUUAUUUUUACUUUAUAUUGAAGGGCAGCAUUGUGGGCCAACUGCAGGUUGGGGGGGGGGGGUUAAUAUGUAAAUUUACUCUUGGCGUAUUUUAUCUUCAUUGUGUCAAAGACACAUAUAAUCAUACUGUAUUCUCCAAUAGGACAUGGGUUAACAGGUACAAGGCGACCAUUUUUACUGGGGGACUGAAUUUAUAUAAUUAAUUUCUCAAGAAAUAUAUCCAGGAAUAAAAGAAUAUGUUCACUCCUGGGAGAAAGGUGCUGGUUCUUGAGUAUUCCUCCCCUGCAAUAUGGAAAUAAGAGAACUUGUCUUUCUCAGGCCAUAGGCUCAAACUUGUUAUGAUAUAAAUUUAAAGUACAUUUUCGUUGAUUGUCUAAAGCAUAAACUUCAGGGGUGUUUUAAUGUUAUUUCAGAUUACAAGAUGAUAGUUUUUAUUCCAACAAUAUUAGCCUGGAUCCUCCCAUGCUUGAUUUUCAAGAGCAGUGAGUAUCCUUGAAGUCUCUUGGUUUUGGUUUAAGUAGGAAAUAAAAGGAGGGUAUGAUUGGCUAAAAAUUGCACUUAAAAAGAAGCUAGAGGUAAAGGUAUUUAUACUGAUAUUUAUAUACCCCCCAAGAACUGUAAAUAAGUUGUCUUUUUCAAGUGCUGAAAAUUCCAUAUGUGAAGCUGUUUAGCCUAGUAAACUUAUUUUUUAUAAAUUUCAGUAUAAUUCAAUUUUAUUUAAUCUUCAGGCCAGUUGGGAUGCCUCGAAUGGAAAAGGUUAUUGUACAAAACAAUGAUCCAAAACAUAAUUUGCAUCUUUUGUCUAUUUCGGGCAGUACAGUUCAUUUUCAUUGCUCAUUUUUCCAAGACAAAGUGAGUAUUGACAUAGUCAUUCUCAGUUUUAAGAGGCCUGACAUAGAUUAUGUUGUACUGAUAUAAAGGAAACUGAAAUAGAAAAAGAGGGGUGGUUCACAAUCAUCAAAUAUUGGCAGAUUAGGUUUAUUUUUUUGUGUUGUAAUACAAAAAAAAAUUACAUUAUAUUCAUUUAACACAAUGACUUUAUUUAGUUGUAUCAGAGGUUCUGAAAGGUUAUUGUAAUGUAAUUUAAAUAUGAGGAAAGAUUUAACUUUAAAACUUAAACUUUUUUAACUUUAGCACAAUAUUCUUUGUCCAAAAAACUUGCUUGUACACAAUGGUCAACAAUAGACUAAAUAAUUGGCAUAUGGUGUCUGAUAUUAGAGGGUUUUUUUUUUGUUUUUUUUAAUAGAUACUUAUUAGAUCUACAUCUUUCAAUACAGGCCAAGAAUAACUGAGAAGCUAAAUGUUUUAGGCAUCUUAUACAUUGCCAGUUUCUUCAUACUAAUAGUAAUAAUCACAAAAUAAACUGAGAAUUGACUGUUAAAGUUGUGUCAUUAUUAACAAACUGACAUAGAUGUGAGGGCAAGUCCUCAUGCAAUCAUUUAAUUUUUAUUUUUUUUAAUCUUCAUGGAUCUAAAUUUAUUUAAUAAUCUUCACAGAUUGUCCCACCUGGGGGGAACACAAGUUUCGAUGUUGUUUUUCUUGCCCGCCAGGUGGGCAAUGUGGAAAACACAUUAUUCAUUCAUACCUCCAUAGGUUCUAGAAGAUAUCAGGUAAGUGAAGGACUUGAGAUACAAAGAAAAUUAUAUAAUUAAAAUACUACAAGUAAUAUUGAAAAAAUAAUUGUUAUUUACUUUAAGCCAGAUUAUGUUCUGCCAUUUCAUUUCAUGUGUGAUUUCAGGCUAAUUACUUUUUUCUUUUAAAAUAACAAAAUGUGCCAUUUAAGCUACCAAAUAGAAGUCAUAGAAGACGCAUAACAAUCUAUCAAAUUAAAUAUAAAAUUGAUACAAAACCUAACCCCAUUAAUUUGAAUAAAUAGAAAAUUUUUAAUUUAUUGAUCCAACAUGCUAAUAAACUGUUGAAUUAAAUCAUUUUUUUCUUUCAUAGGUUUUUGGGAUUGGUACCCCUAAUCCAUAUCGACUAAGACCAUAUCUGGGGGCACGGGUGCCCAUAAAUAGCAGUUUUACACCCGUCAUACAGAUGCAUAAUCCUUACAGCACUCGAUUACAGGUUGGUAGUUGAAGCCACAUAGAUCAGUUUGUUUCAAUAUUGAUUUACAGUGAAUGUUACAUGUAAUGGAUCUUUAGUGGUUACUGAUCUUUUCACGUUUUACCUAGAGCCAGCUGAAAAGAAGUAAGUAAGUAAAUGCUUUUGACUUGGAGUUAUUGGAAAGUCUUGAAAUAAAUGCCAAUAAUGGCUUACUGUAUAAAUUCUGACCCAUUUAGAGUGUGUGUAAGAAUUGUGAAUAGAGUACAGCAGACUCAGAUUUGUUACCUAUUAUCUAAGAGUGAUACAAAGUAUGCUUCAUUAAGUACAUUCUAUUUUAGGUGUUGGAGAUGUUUGCAAGUGAGGGGGAUUUACACUUAGAAUUACCUUCUGGUGAAAGGGAGGCUUCACAGGAGCUGUGGGUAUGUAAGAUCUGUUAACUCUUACGAUUUUGGCAUGCAAUGAAUGAUUUUGAGGUGUAUGCAUUAUAAUAUAAUGUGCAAUAUAUAUUAAAUACUGCAAGUUUUUUUUCUAUAAAGAGAAUAUAUUGAACGGUUAUGUGAUGAUAUUGUACGAUUUUAAGAGUUUGAGGGUAAACAGUUCUGGUAUGUUGACUUCAGUUUAUCGCCUGGUCUUAGAAAGGUAACUGAUGGUGCUUCUUACAGAAAAUUUACAUUGCUGUCACAAUAUGGUAAAUACAUGUUAAGAUCAAUUGUAGUCUCUUAUUCUUUUUAUUUUCUUGUCCUGUUGCUUUUUAUCAAUUAACUUAUUUUUGAGCUGGGGAGCUUUGUAAUGAAAUAAAUUGAACUGUUGCAGGAAUUAAAGCCUUUUGAAACUAAGGCUGUUAUGAAAGCAAAUUUUGUGGCUCGUGUGGAAAGCAACCAUUCGGCAUUUAUUCGUAUUAAAACUAAUAAAGAAGCAGAGCACAGAGAUGGCCCACCUGAGUUGCUCAUUUUACCACUUGAGAUAGAAGUUUCUGCAGGUAACGCACAGUGAUUGUUGUUUCUUUUUCACUUUUCAAAAUUUGCAUAUCAAAAAAAAAUUGGAAAUCAAUACUUUUUAAUUAAUGGUUGCAUUUUCACAGCAUUUUCAAUAAAAACUCAAAGACUGUCAAGACUGAAAAGAGUACAUACAAUGUGAUAAAAACAAAUUUUCAUUUAUUUGGAUAAAUAAAAGAACAUUAUCUAAUUAGUAUGAUUUUUAUUAAAGGGUAUGGGGGGAUAAAUUUAAUAAAGUCACAUUUUAUAGCUGCAUACUUACUACACAGCCAUUAGCAACAAAGCUAACACAGUAACAGAUGCUUUGGUCAUUCGGUAUAAUUACAGUGUCACCCUAAACAAAAAUUGAAAGAAGUUAUUGUUGAUAUAUGGCCAAAGGACAGUAAAUCUGCCUAAAUCUUUGUCCUAAUCCCUUUGAAAAAGGGUUUUUUUUUUUCAUAUUUAAAAAUAAUCAUUUAUAUUUUAGAUCCUGGCAUAUACUCUCCUGUGGAGCUGUUAGAUUUUGGUAUAUUACGCACUUUAGAUGAACCAAAAAGCGUUCGCCUUAAUCUUAUAAACACAGGGCCAAAAGCAGUUCACAUUACUGUAAGUUCUAGCUUUUUACUUUUAGGUCUUGAAAAAAUGUCUAUUUAGUUAUGUAUGGCAUUAGGUGUAAGUUUUGAGUGUAUUUUUCGUAGACUGUUUAGUAUUUCAAAACUAUAGAUGGGUGGUGUAGCCAAUAAGACAAGAGAGGCAAUCAGAUGAUGCGUUUUUCAAGACAUAAGAGAGGCAAUCCGAUGAUGCGUUUUUCAAAUUGUGUGAAAUAAUGAUCCCUAAAAGUUCUGGCCCUCACCUGUGAAAUGUUUUACUUAUUAUCCUUGUCAAAAACUAAGUGAUAAAAUAUGUGCAAAGAAUCUGGGGUGUGGGGGAGCUAACUGAAAUAAAAAUUCAUGGUGUGUUAACAUGGUGCGAAACAUGUCUGCCAGGCAAAGGAUUGUAUGGGUAAGCUGCAAGGUCAGACACUCAGCAAGCACUGUAACAUUAUCAUAAUUAAUUUUAAAAUUGAUGCUAUCAUUUUGAUUUAAAUGUAUUAAUUUGAUUAACCAAGUGCCACUCAAAAAUAUAUAUUUUUUAAAAUGGCUAAUUUACAUUACACUAAAUAAAUAUUCCCUUCAUUUAUUGUUAUCUCAUUUUAGAGUGUCAAUGUUUCCCCACCGAAUGAUGCUGUUAGUGUGGAUUUCCGUCCUUUUAAGUUACAGCCCGAUGGGAGCAGGCCUACUACAAUAGCUCAAAUCACUUUUAGGGGUCAGUUCAAUGAAAACUUACAUUAUAUAUUUUUAUUUUUUAAAUUUUUCUUUAAUUCAUCACACACAAAAUAAUUAUUUCAAAGAUUUUAGUUAUUUUGUCUGUCUUCUGGCAGAAGAUAUGGAUGAUUAAGUCUUACUGGGGGGAAAAAAAUCUAUAUUAAUUAUAGUUCUUAGGCUAUACUUUUUCCCUUUAUUUUUUUUUUCCAUUUAGCUGUGAAAGCUCUGCAAUCAAAGCAGUGGGCAGGAAAGAUAGUUAUUAAGACAAAAAAUAAUAUUCAAAGAUUGGUCAUUCCUUACCAGGCUAAUGUAUUGCAUGGGUAAGUUGUUUAAUAUAAUUCAAAAAAUGUUUAGGAAAGCUCCAUCAUAUGUGUGUGAUGUUUAUUUGUAUAUUUCAUUUUGUUUUCUUGAAAUUAAAUUUAGAUGAAAUAAUCAAUAAUCUUAGAUAGUUCCUUCUAGGUCAGUUAAUUGAAAUGUGGUAUACUUUAUAUUCCCCUUAAAUUUGAUUAUUUAAUCAUGGUUAUGAAAAUUUGGUAUUAAAUCAUGGUUAUGACUUUAAUUUCAGGUCUCUGGUAUAUAAUGUGAACACCACACAUUUUUUUAGUGCUAAAGCCUUGUGGAAUGUUACCAGGCCACUGAUGUUCACUAACACUUUUAACUUUUCUGUAGUCAUCUAUAAUGUCAGCUUGCCACCAGAGGUUUCCCAUUAUUUUACUGUGAGUUACUUAGUCUUAUUCUUUUAUAAUUUGCUAUUAAAUUAAGUUUAGAAAGUAAAUAGAAAACAAUACAACUUAUUAGAUUAAUUUUAAAAUUUUAGGGUUGUACAUCUUUUUGCUAUUCCGUAGGUUACAAAAAGUCCUAAAGCGUUGCUAACACAAAACAGAUAUUUUGUUCAUUUCUAGCUUAUAAAUUAUUAAUUCUUAUGAAUUGGGGGAAAAUAUUUCUCUAUAUAUAAUAUAAUUUUUGGUAAAAUAGAAAAUAAUAUAAUGAAUUUUCCAAUCUUGUUUCAUUGUGUUUUAGAUUGUGAACUUUAGCAAGCCUGUGAUAAUCCAGCCCCAGCAGAGCAUUGCUAGUUUCCUGCUCAAGUUUCACCCAAAUCUAACACAGAUACACUUUAAUACAAUGCUGACACUCAGCACCAAUGCCUCCACCUUCACCAUUCCUAUUAUAGUUUAUAAUGGCCUCAUGAAGGUAGGCAUCAUCUCUAGUGCCAGACUUAAGAUUAUAAAUAUAUUUAUUAGAACUUAUCAGGAAAAGAUUCUUUUUAUUUUAAAAAAAAUUACUUUCAGGUGAUACAUCAUCGGCCAGAAAAGUUUGAAGGUCAAUUAGAUUUUGGCACUCUAGGUGUCGGAGAGUGCAGAAGUAUGAUAUUUACCAUCCGCAAUGACAACCCUGUAGAUGUAAGUUCUCAUGAGUAUAAUUACUUAUUUAUAAUUUGAAACCAUAGACUUCUGAAUAAUUUUGGUUUAUUACACCAGGCUGACCAAACAGUAUUUUUUGUUUAUGACUGAUGCCACAAAGAUCUGAUAUUUAGAAAUUCCGACUUGAAAUAUGAAAUCCAUGGUCUGCAGUGUUUCCUUCUCAGUGGUGAUAUACACUUGUGUAGGAAGCCCAGAAGACAGUUUCAGAGAAUAUUUAAGCAGCAUUAAAAUAAUCAACUCUCCUAUUUCUAUACAUUAAAAUAGAACUAAUGGCCCAUUUCAACUUUUAAUAGCAAAUAAAUUGAAGUUGCAGAUUUAGACAAUAAAAACUUGAUGGCAUCUACAACAUUUGUAUUUACAUGCUACUAGCCCAUAGUUUCUGCUGUUGUAAUUCAUAUUUCUUCACCACCCACGUUUUUUGGACUUGGUACAAAAACCUUGAUAUUCUUAUGUCAUUUUGUAUUAUGCUAUGGUUACUAUUUAUAUGUUGUGGCAAAUAAUUUCUUGAAUGUUUACUGGCAGUGGAAAACAGUGUGUUUAUUUGAACAAAAAAUUUGAAUAGAUGUUUGCUGGCAUUAUAUCUAAACCAUUCAGUCUAUGAGUCUCUGACUAGAUGGGAAUUUGUAUGCUUGCAGAUUGUUGUUGCCCGUUUUCAAACAAACAUGUCAUGGGCAUCGGUAGAGAUAUUAGGGAUGGAGAAGGGAAAUGGAACCACCCUUACUCGCAAGCAUAAUCAAUCAGAGAUUAACACAGACCCUGUGAGUGGACCAAAUUAGCUCUUAAAUGUUUUGAAAAAAAUUUUAUUAUUUACUAUAAUUGUCUUCUAUUAUAACUGUUAAAUUAGUCUGUGAGAUAAUUAUAUUUACCCACUCCUGGAUAAUAAUAAAAACAAUUGUUACUUCUUUAGAAUAAUCUUCUAUAUAAACAAAUAAAUUUCUCUUUUAUUUCUGCAGUUAUAUAUAAAGCCUUAUCACUAUGCAGUGUUCAACGUUAGCAUUGUUGCACCUGAAGAUGAAGGGGCAUAUGUAGCAGACAUUUGGAUGUUCACGCAGUUCCAGGAUCUUUUUAUUCCUAUUAUUUUUCGUGCUGCCAAAGGCAGCUUACAUGCCAUUCCAGACAAGUUUAUCUUUGAUAAAGUAUAUCCAGUAAGUGACAAAUCUUUGUUGUUAAAAUGAUUUGUUUAUGUAUCAUUAUCAUUGUCAUUUUUUUGUGUAAAGUCUGAACUCACUCUUUAAGUUCACUAAUAAAUUUAAGACUAAACUAUAUUAUGUUUAUAAAAUAUUAAUAGAGGAAAAGAUUGUCAAGACUAGAUUAACUCCUCACUACUAGGGAUCUAGAUGCAACAUCAUUCACCAUUAUCUACCUAUCUUAUGAAUCUUAAAGGAUGAAUAAACUUAUCCAUUUAGUACUGUUAUAAAAUUUGAAUUAUUGUAGUUACAUAAACAAGGUAAAUGAUUUCUUUUUUGUGUUGCAGGGUCGAGUUCCAUAUAAAGUACUUCAGAUACACAGUACCUUUGAUGAUUACAUGGAGGUCACACAGGUGACCUUCCAACCAGCAGAUACACGUUUUUAUUUUAUUCCUCAAAAUAGCAACACAGUGCUGUUACAACCUCAUGAACAUAGCAUCGUAAGUUAAAUAUCCCAUACCUUUAUACACAAAAUCCAAGGAUUUUUUUUUUUUUUUUUUCUGACAUGAUGAAAUUUGCCAAGCCCUUGUAAUGAAUAAAGAGUUCAAACGUACAUUUUUACUCAUGUUAUUUUUAAAACAAUAAUGAUAAGCUUUGAUAUUAAUAUUUUUUUUUAUUUAAACAUUAAUCUGAAAAAUUAAUUUUUAUGAAGUUAUAUGCAGUUUCUAUUCUUUUUAUAUCUUACACUUUAUCUUACUCAAUAGGUUGGUAAAAUAUUCUUUGAUGCAAAGAAAGAUUGUAAAGAUGAUUGUUAUGUAGGUCUACCAACUUUAUCACCAGGUAAAAGAAAUUUAAUUUUAAAAAAUGUUUAGACUAGUUCAAAGAUACUGAAUUUUAAGCUUGAGCUAAGUAAGCAAUGAAUCCAAUGUCAUGCUCUCAUCCAUUUCUUAAUUCACUGUGUCUAUCAAUGUUAAGAACUGUUGUUCUUAUUUUUCUUUCUUUUUUUCUUUUUUAAAGUUUUUAUAUUACUUACUUUAAAAACCUGAAAAUUUAAAAGUUUUGUCAUUAUUCUUUUAAACAUCAUUUGAAUGGGUUUAUUGUUUUUCAUUUUAGCUGGUCACCAGUGGCUUUUAGGCAUGGUACUAGACAAAGAUGUUGCUGACACUGAUCAGUAUCUAUAUAGCAAACUUCAGCAAAAGUGGGACAAGUUGGAGAGUUUGCAGCAAAGCAUGUUAGUUUAAGACUUGCAUUAUUCUGUUAGGAACUGUUUCAUUACUGUUCAAUGGUUUUCUAUAUUUAUAUUGUGGAAUUAGACUACAGCUAUUUUACCAUCAUUAUAUUAUAUUAUGCAUUGCAGCUAAAUUCAUUUAUCAGGGCUAGGUUAUUUCUCAAUUUGUGUAUAAAUUUGCUUGGGAUAUUUUAAAGAUUGAACUCCCUCUGUAGUCAAUACUUCAGUCUCUAUUAACUGAAAGUAUUUACAUUGCUAUUUUCAUUUGCAUUUUAUUCUAUAAAUUACAAAAAUUGACUUUAAAUUUUUGCCAUUGUAAUUUCCCAAGAGUUGUUAACCGAAAUGAUACAAAUUUUAUAUGUAUAUUUUCAGAGCCAAUGUCACCAUUGAGCUGGAUACCAACCAUGUGCGGGGAUUUUUAUUUUCAGCACAGGCCCACCUUCAGUGGCCUAUGCUUAUUCGAAAGUCAAAAAUAAAAUAUCCACUCACUCAGAUAGGAAAUUUGUCUGUAAGUUGCACACAGUCUUGGUAACUCUUUAUUACCUUUUCAAUGAAACUUAACUAUUAUAUUUAUUAAUUAUUUUGUCGCGGGAAAGAGAUGAGAUAAAUGUCCUGCCACAUUAGUAUGUUCAGAGACUAAUACAUUUGUUUAGGUUCAAAUUUAAUUUAAAAAAUCUUGUAAAAAGCUCCUGUUAAAACCAUCUGAAUUGAAGCUAACUUCGUUAUCAUCUUAUGCUAUCCAAAAGCCAACUAACAGGUUUAAAAAAAAGGCUAAUGCUAAUUAAUGUGCAGAAUGGCAGAUUAGGUUGAUUACCGGUUAGCCGCCUAUUAAGCGGUGCAACAUAUCUCAGGCUGCUAUGUUAAAUGCUAUCUCUGAAUCCAGUGUUUGAGUUGAGCCUUACCAGAUUUACACACUGCCAAUUUCAAGGCACCUUCAACUUAAACUUAUUUAACUUGGUGUAACUUUUAACUUAUACCUCUCUGAUACAUUGUGGAUGUGCACUCUAAAACAUAAACACUUGUGUUAUUCUAAAAAUUUGUGGGAAAAGUUGUAAAAGUAACACUAGGAAUGCUUUUUCUUUUUUUUUUAUUUAACUGCUAAAAAUUUUUUACCAACAGGUAUCAGACUUUAUUGUUGAGAACCCUGGUGAUGAGCCCGUUGUAGUGCAGGUUCUCCCUCUCUCAUACUAUCCCAGUCCCCAUACCAUUCUUGAACUUAUGGGUCAGAGGUUUGUUGUAUGAUUUUUUUGUAAAAUGUCUCUAUUUAAAAUAUUAAAUUACAAAUGUUAUUUGUUGCCCAUAUUAAAAAAAUUCACUCAGAUUUUGUUUUUUCUCUUGCAUGGAACUGUUGAUAAGUUAACCCAGGAACUGUGGUCGGCCGAUUUCCUCUUUCUGUACUGUGUCCGCCGAUAAAAAUUUCGUUGAAAGAAAAACUUCCAGACUAAUAUUUUACAACCAUAUGUUUUCUAAAACAUAUAUAAAGAAUACAUUUUCUGAAAGAUAAAUAAAAAUGCUAUCAUAUUAUAUAAACAUUAUAAUAAUAUGCCUUUAAAAAAUUGUAGUUUGAGGUACUUGAAAAGAAACAUUUUCUUUGUUCUUGGUCACUCCAAGGUCAUGGUCAGCGAGUAUAAAAUAUCAUUAAAAAUAGCCAGUAUGAUUCCCCACUCAGUCUACUUUCAAAAAAUAUAUACGUUAUGGGGUCUAGCUAUAGUAUUUGCAUGUGAAAAAUCACCUUUUUCAAAGGUACCCAAAAAGCUCUAAAUGGCCUGCACAGUACAGAAACAUAACAUAAACAGUUCAUGAGUUAAUUAAAACUGAAGUUCAAAUAUGUGACCUCAUGAGAGAUGUAGAGCUAAACUUCCUUUGACAUUUCAUACUUCAGUAGCUCAUGUGUUGAAAAAAAAUUCAAUUUUAGCUUAUAAAUAAACUAUCUGUUAUGUCCCAAAAUAGUUGAAAGGAAAUAUCUUACCCUAUAUGCUUUUCACAAGACCGUUUACUGACCCUGUAAAACUUUAAAAGUGUGUACCUCGCUCAUAAGCAGACCCCAUAAAAUAAUGCCAGUAAAAGCAAUUCAGUGCUAAAAAAAUAUUAUUCUUUAAAAAAUUUCAAAAUUUUAAAAUUAAUUAUUGUGUGAGUAAAAAUGCAUAAAAAGUAAUAAAAAUAAAGUAUAUACAGAUACUGGCUUCGCAUAUCUAAAAAAAGCAAAUAUUUGACCUCCUUCUCAUUCCUCAUAAACUAAAAUAUUAUUAAAUGGUUGCUACAGUGGUUGUUUUCUGCCUUUCAGAUUUGCCCAAGAUCUCACAGAUUAUAUUGAAAGUGAUGAAACAAAUACCUUUGUCUUAUAUGAUCUCGAGCCAAUAGGAGUAAGCUAACGUUAAUUUUUUAAGCCCACAAAAUCUACUUGUAAUAGGCCUUUAUUCCUACCAACUCAAUCUUUCUAUCAACUAUCUUUAUAUUUCAAACAUCCUUUUGUUUUUACUUUUUACAAAAACCUCAUACAUCUUUGUUCAGACCUAAUUUUAUUUUCAAAAUAUGUAAGACUUAAAAUAAAAUUUGGUUGGUUUAAAUACAGACGGGUUCCAUUUUUCCAAAAUUUUGGAUUUAAAAAAAUCAAGGUUUAAGAAUUUGCGAAAGCCUAUUCUGCGAGAGCGGGUUCGCUAUAUAGGGAACAGGUACUACUGCUACCUCUUGCUUUUGUUUGCAAGCCUCUCGCUUUCGAUUGUUAUCAAUGAACAAGAAGUUAUUUUUACAGUGUAUGUAUUUUAUGAGUAUUGUUAAGUUUCAGGGUUUUAAAAAUUUGUCAAUGAAGUUUCAGGUUUGAAGAAAUUUUUAGAAAGGGAUUUCAGGGUUCACUGCUUUCAAUGAGUGGCACCCCUGAAUAACAACAUUAAAAAUUUAAAAUAGUGAUCUUUUUGCUGAGAUUUUUCUUUGUCAAGUAACAAUAUUUUUUGCUUGAUCUUUUCAGAAAAGCACUACAACUGCAUUAAAUCUAGCUCAGCACAGAAAAACUGUUGAGAGCACAUUAGGGGUUAUACCCCAUAAACAAACAGUUGCUGCCAUAUUGCAACCUGGUACAAAAAUAAAAGUCAAGGUGGGAUUCCAGCCAAAAGAUGAUAUCACUAGAUCUUCCCUCAUUGUCAUAAGCUCUUUCUUUCACACUGGAGUUGCCAAUCGGGGGGGGGGGGGGGGGGGUUGUUUGUUUUAUAAAGAUGUAGCAAUGCUUAAGUGCCAGCAAUGUUUUGGCAUUUUCCUCCAACUGUGCUAACUAAAGAAAAUUUAAUGGAAACUCUUGUUAAGGUGCUGCUUAACAAUCAGUUUUAUUUUAUUUCAAGUCUAAAAAGACUUGUACACCAUCAAUGAUAUUUUAAAUUCCAAGAAUUAGUUUUUUGUGAAAUUUUAUGUCCCAUUAAAGUUGGAGAAUAGGUUGGCUCUCUAUCCAUGGGGGAAAGAAGUCUUCAUGUUUAAGUUAAAUUUUCCUUUGCCUUUCAGAAACAACCUGACUAUUAUUGAUGCAGUUGUAGUUCAAGGUCAAGGGCGUAAAGGUGAAAUGAGAUUCAACAAUAAAAAGCCAGGAUCACAUGCUGCUCUAACUUUUGAGUUAACAGAAAAGCACCUCAAAAAUUGUGAUGGUACAUUCAUUUCAAGUUUGUAUUCAGUCUCUAACUUAAAUAUUUAUACAUUAAAUCAAAUCAAAUGCAAUAAAUUCAAUUAAACAUCUGGUAUAAAGGCUGAAAUACAGGAUUUCCUUGACUUUACUCCUGAACAUAAUAUAAUGUUCCCAUUUUGUCAUUCUAGUAUCAGAAAAGAAAAACAAGAACGUCAUGCCAAAUUUUACAGUGCGUCGACCGUUUACUUUAAGAAAUUCUGGUGAACUGCCUUUUUACAUUCAUGGGUUCAGCAUCAAUGAACUACCUUGUGAAGGAUAUGGAUUCAAAGUAUUUGAUUGCACUGGCUUUGAAAUGCUUCCUAAUUCAAGUCGCAAGAUCAACAUCGCGUGAGUUACGUUUUUAACUACAGUAUUGUUUGGAUUCCCGAUUUUUUGUUUUAGGUUUAACUAAAUUUUAUCAGGCCAUUUUAUUUCAAAAGCAAAAUUUAUUAUUUCAAAAAGAAACAAUGUAUUAAUGUAAAAUAAGUAUAGUUAUUGAAUUAAAAAAUGUCUCAUAAUUUAAUAAGAAAUGAUAAAAUCUGUAUAGCUGUAUUCAAUGGUUUUAUAUCAGUAUAGUUUUCUUAACUUGAAAUCUGCAGUAUCGGUUAUAAAAAUUAGUUCUAAAUUUAGUAUUAUGACUAAUUUUCAUGGGUGAUUAUAUUUUUCGCUCCACAGGUUUACACCAGAUUUCACAAUGUCUCAAAUCCAACGUAUGCUGACCAUACACACCAGUCUAGGGUCUCCAGCCAAGGAGGCAAACUACUCACUCCAAGCCAUGGUGCCCUAUGACCUUCUUUCUCAGUGCUCUGCAGCAUUGCCUCGCCCCACCUGGGAACCAGUGCUCUACUACUUUGUAGUGAUCAUGAUGGGUUUCAUUAUAUGCUGUAUCAUAGUCUUGGCAUAUUUUGAAUCAGACAGGGUCAUGGCAGAUUAUAUACGCAAGAAAUUAAAAGCUACUAAUGGGACACCAACCUCGUUUGAUAAAGGAAAAAUAUUUGAUUUAAGGAAUGUAGGUGGAUUAUCUGUCACAUCAAAUCAAAACUCAACGACCAAUUCAUGUACAUCAAUUGGAAGAACAACUCCAGCCAUAUGUAAUACCGCUUGCACUAACAACAGACCCUCUGUUAUGAUGAAUGGUCAUGUUGAUAUUGAUAAAGAUCGCGGUAUCAACAAUUUACAUGAUCAUAUUAACAACAUUUUGAACUCAUCCUCUGUUUCCACCAAAGUCAAUGGGGGCAAUAGACACUCAAAGCGCACUUUAUCAGGAUCCAUAAAAAAGUUUUUUUCUUUUUUCAAGUUUUUUUACUCUCCAAAAAAAUCCAAUGCUGCUCAUCAAGAAAAACCUGCUAUGAAAGAUUCUGGUACGUCACCACCAAGUCCAAUACAAAAACCAACGGCCACUGUUUCAGCAUUGAGACAGGAGCCAGCUAUUACUGCCAUGGUUUCAUCGUCAACCCAAGAGACCAGUGCGCUGUCUGAGAAAUCCAUACCUAACAACUCCAACUACUCAUCACGUACUCGCAAAGGGCGGCUUAACAAUCGUCGACAGAUAGUUGUUGAUGCUUCAGGUGAUACCAAUAUUGACUCAAGCUUUAGAAAGCUUAAAGAAAACCCAUCCUCUUCAGCAGAUCAUUCAUCUGGGAAGAGGAAUUCAAACUCUGUCAUUGAUGAUUUUGAAGAUAUUCCAAUUAAAUACAGUACAGGAAUUGAUGAAAUUGAUGAUAUAGAAGAAAUCGAUCUUAAACCAGAUUUGACCCACACAAAACAUGGUGAGUUGGAAUAUUUAUUUAACAAUUCUUAUCUAAGCCUAGUAUAAAAUCUUAUCUAGAUCUAAAUAUAGUCUUAAAAUUUUUUUAUACCAGGAUACAGAAAAACAUGACAUUGACAGUUACAAAUAUAGAAAUAAAUUUUGUCUUUGGAAUGCUGAGAUCAAUACAAUCAAAUUUAAAGGAAUGUGUGUAUUCCCUCACAACCAUUAUUGAUAACAUGAUGACUAUCUAAAGUAAAACAAUGUACAAAUAAUGAUAACAAAGACUUUAAAAUAAUUUCCAAAAAGAAAAGAGUCCACUCAUAAACACAAUUAAGGAGGGCCAGUUUCACUGUAAGUUGAUUCACACUGACACUUUAAUGAUGCCAGCCUUUGAUGUGAUAUAUUCAUAAAUAUUACAAUCCUAUCCAAGUCAAUUUAAAAUGGUAUUAAUGAUUGUGGUGCCCCUUUUAUAAUUUCAAUCGAGAUAAUUUUAUGAUAUAUUUGGAAAGUUAACUAUAUUAACACAUUUUUGCAUCAAAAUAGAUGAUAAACUAUUGGAUUUUUCUGUUUAGCAAAUGGUUUUAAAUCUAUAACCUACCAAUUUCUUUAAUGUUGCAACCCUACCUCCAAGCAGGAAAAUAUUAAUUAUGCAGCAGAUUGAUUAUAUUAUGCUUGCAGAUUAGAGUGCUUUUCCCCUUUUCACGUCAGUUCAACAAUGAAUUUAAUAUAUACAAAACACAAAAUUAUUUUUUAAAAAUAUCUAAAUUUAAUUUUAAAUAUUGUCUUAUAAUUAGAUGGUAUCUAAAAAUAAAUAAAUCAAUCUUUGAUUAAAUCUGUUAGUUCCCCAUUUCUCUAACUGUUCCUGUCUCUUAGUUUGAGGCCAUCUCAAUCAAAACCUAACUGAAAUUUUUUUUCCCCUCUUGCAGUGAAUAAGAGAUGGAACAAAAACCAAAAAUCCAAAUCUAAACAAGAACAUUCAAAAGAAUCCAUCCUGCUCCAUUGUGACAGCUCUCUUGCUGAUGAUGGGGAUGAUGUGUCCUCCACCACAACAGAAUCAUCAGGUGCUGACGUUGAGGAAAAGGUUAGAUAUUUUUAUGUAUGAUAUUGGAAUAAGAUUACUGCUGCUAUUUUCUUAACAAUAUGUAUCACAAGUAGUAAUAAUCUAGGUUUGUUUAUUUAAUGGCUGUAACGCUGUGUUCAAUAGGAGCGCAAAACAAAAUUCUCAUAAGUUAGCACUCAUUGGGAUUCUUAGAAAGUUCUUCACUUGAAUCCAUGUUUAGUCUAGAAACAUUAGUAGAUAGCACAUUACACGCAUUACCGCCACCAUUGUUAGGUUGGUUAUUUCUAGUAUUGUUAUAAUUUUUAUUUUAUUGCAUUUGUUAUUGUUUCUCAUAAGAAUAAUAUAUCCAUUAUAUCACUAAUGAAAUUUUAUAUGAAGUGUGCUUUCUCCACCUCCCAAAUUACAAAUCUUUUCUUUUUAUAAUCAACUUAAAUUUUAAUAACAAUUAUCCCACUACGUCUUAGUUAUGUUAGACUAAAAUAAUAUAAAAGUGAACUCAGCAAAUGUUGUUUUGACUCCACAGGCUUCUAUCGGACAUGACAAUAUAUCAGAAUUAACCACCACCUCCUUAGGCACUAAUGCUGUUGGCAGCAAGAAAUGGAAAAAAGGAAGCAUUAAACAUGGAGAGCGUCUGGUUGUAGCCACGCAUGGAGGUGAUCUGAUUGAUGAUGAUUCCAACUUUGAGGUGACUUCCAAGUCCAAAGCCCACCGUAAGAUUCGUGUCAACAAAGAGACUUUUGGUGGGGAUAUCAUGAUACCCAGGUAUAUUGUGUUGACACUUAAAUGAUGGCUGCGGCCUAAGGGACAUGGCUCCCUACAGCCACACCUUGAAAUGAUAUAUCAUUAGUUUAAUGUUGAAGGACAGAAAAGAUAUGCUAGGUGCUGGAUAGACCACUGUCUCAUAAUAUAUCUUUACAUAGUACUUUUAUAUUUAAACUGCUAAUAUUUAAAGAAAGAGAUAGCCUGGGUUUCUUUUCAAUUACACUUGCAGGAAAUUUAAGAAAAUAUUUCCUCUUAUUUAAAAUCAUUUGUGUCCUGAUCAUUUUGUGAAGUAGUGACAGAGGCUAUGAUAUAGCUUCAUGAAUCAAUCAUCUCAAAUUUUAAUCUCUGUGUUGUGAUAAUAUCUAACAGAGUUCUGUUUAUUAAUUCCUUGUAAACAUUUGCUGUAUUUUCACACUAGAAUUUUCCUAGUUACCUUUAACAAAAGAAAUAUCAAUUAUUGCCUUAAGCUUCCUUGGUAACUUUAAUAAAUCUAUAUAUUUCUUGACAUAUGAUGCCUGCUGAUUAAAUGAUUGUUAUUGCCAUCCAGCACAAUCGAGCUCCCAUACCUCCCUAAGGAAAAGGAAAGAACUGAAAGUGACACAACCAAACGUGCCAAGAAAGCUAAGAGAAAUCCCAAAGUAAAAGGUAAAUUGAUUGUCAGCUUUUUAAUAUAUCACAUAUAGUUUGGCUGUUAUCAUUUAUUCACCGUUGUGUUUGAUGCCCAAAAUUUUUAAAGUUAACUUGAUAGAGGUCACUGUGUUGGAAAUGAUAAGAGCCUUAAAAAGACAUUUCAUUUUACAAACAAAAAAUUUUAAUCUCAUUUUAAUAUAAUUUUGAUUUGUUAAGCAUAUUUAAGGCUGGAAGUUUAGUCCAUGACCAUUCAUUUAUUGUCAUUGUUGAUAAUUUGGUUAAUUUUUCUUUUUUAACAAUCAAAUUAUUUUUUUAAAUUUUUUUCUGCCAAAUAAUAAACAAUUUUAAAAGAAUAUUUUUAAAAAUUUAAUGUAUUAAAAACAAUGUGUUUUCCUUUUCAUUAACUCAAAAGUGUUUAAAAUUUUUUUAUUAUUUGAGUUCUGUCAUAUUUAACAAUACAAUGGCCUUUUUAAUGUCAAAUAAAACAUUCAAUAUUACCGUUAGCAUAUACAUUUGUGCAAUUUGUUAAACAAGUUUAUGGUUCUGUGAAUUUUUUUUAAAUAGUACACUUUUUUUUAUCAAGUCUGGUCUCUUAUAGUAUUUCAACACAAACCCUGUAUUUUCUGUGAUCCCCAUACAAUGAAUACAAUAUACUCUAUUGCAUGUGUCAUGAAAGCAAAAUAACUCACAUCAAAUAUUUUUACACAAAAUGGUGAAGGGUGUACCAGCUGAAAACAUCUUUGAUACAAAAAUGUUCAAAAUUCAAUUGCUUAAAAAAUCAAUAAAAUGUGUUUUUGUUUUAAUACCAAUCUUAUUUUUAGGAUCUUAUAGUAGUAUUUAUAUUUUCACAUUGAGGAGUGAUAAUGAAAUAAACAUUUACAGUCAUUCUCCAUAACUCUUAAUGAAGGGAUCUUUCCGAGUGUUAAAAAAGAUUAUCUUUAUCUUAAGUAAUUUCAUACUUGAAAGAUAAUGAGGUGAACAUAUAGAAGAGAUAUGAACACAAAACACUACUAUGUAAUCGAUCAGCCAAUAUAUUUAACCUCCCAGCAUGCAUCUGGCUUGUUGAUAAAUAAGUACCAGGUGACAAAUUGUGGUAUUAAAAAUUCAUUUUCUCAAGAUAUAAACAUUUUAACAAUUUCAAAGAGUAUUGCAAGCAUGGGGAUUACCUGAAGUCUGAGAUAUUGAGGGUUGACUGUAAUCUUAUUUUAAACUGUUGAUUCUUAUAAAUCUCCAAAAUUGACAAUUACCAAAAAAACUGCCUACUACAGAUAUUUUUGUAAAUUUCAGAGUUCAAUUUAGAUAAUCUUUGUUUUUAAAAAAUUGCUCUCAGUAGAAAUUCAACUUCAAAAAAAUCUACUGGAGAAUUAACUAAUUCUGUCACCUUAGUUUGCUAAUACAUGAAUUGAAUGUUGAUAUGUGUGGGCCUUUAACCACUUUUUAUACUAAUCUUUUAAAUACUUAGUGUUACUGCAAGUUUUGUAACUUCUUGUGUACACACUGGUUGUUACCUUAGAGUGUUUGCAUUGUAGCAUUAGAUUUAGCUCAUGUGUGUUGUAGAGAUGUUGUAAGCCCAUUUUGGUCUUGUCUUCUUUCACCAUUCUUGCAUUAGGUUUGUCCCCUACAAAUAUUUACCCCCUGGAUGGAACAGAAGGCUUAUCUGACACAGGCAGAGAGUCACCUCCCCCUCUUUGGGACCAACAAAGUCUGUCUGAACUAGUUCCUGGUUAGCUGAGCUUUUUAUUUUUACAACUUCAACCCUCCCCAUUCUUUUCUAGACAUUUUUUUGCAAAUAUGCUAAGUCAAAUCAGGUUGAUAUUCAGCUUAAAAAAACAAACAAACAAAAGAAAUUUCUCUCAUGCACAACUGAUUUCUGAUAGGGAAAACCAAUGAAGGGGUAAUCUGCUAACAAAAUGAUUCACAUGUUAAACACAGAAAGUUGUUACAUACAGAUGUAGCACUCUUAAAAACAUUUGCUUCAACUUUUAAUGUACAAUGAUAAAUAAGUUAUUUGAUGUUAUUCUGGUUUAUACAUCACUUUUAAUCAGGUUUUAUAAUAUUUUUAGUUACCAUAAAAUUAUGCUCACUAUGAACGGUUUUCAAAUAUACUAAUUUAAAAUUACCGUGUUUAUAUAAACAUAUUUUGUGGGGGGGGUUUGCAUGGUCUCCACUGCAUGUUGAUUUUCAGCAUUUUCUAAAAAAUUAUUGCUUUUUAUUUCAUCCCUAUUAAAAUAAAUCGGUUACUGCAUGUUUUGUGUGUAUAAAUAGCGUGAUUAUAAACCAUUAUUUGUCAUUGUUUUCAAUGACCUGUAAACAGUAAUAAGCCAUUGUUAAAAUCAAUUAUUUUAAAUAAUUUGUGAAAUAUUUUUUUCUUUAUUAUGGCUGAGGGUCUUUAAUUUUUUAUUCUUUCAUCUUUCCCCAUUUUUUUUUGAUUUGAGGACUAAAAUUGCUUCUAAUGAGAAACUACUAUUUUUUUUGCUAAUGUUUUUCAGCAUUUUUAUAAAAUAAUUUAUGCACCAAAGUUUAACAAUUUAUUAAAGAGCUAUGGUUAUUGGAUAAAGUUUUAAAUGUAUUUGUUUAAAUUGAGACCUGGCUAUCAGAGAACCUUAUUGGAGUUUAUUGGGACAUAAAUUUAAGUAGCUAGUUUCUUCAACAUUAAUUAUAUGAGAAGCUUAACUCCCCAACCUUUGCUUGCUAUGUUAAGUAAUGUCUAUAAAAUUUUUAAAAAUGUUCUUAUAAACAUUUGACUUGAUUUUUACCACAUUGUAAGAAAAAAACUUUAAGCUUAAUCUUACACUUAAUAAAAUCCUGAUGAACUUAUUUAAUUAGUCUAUCUAUUUAAAAAAAUAAAAUUGUAUUCCCUGCUUCAUUAUAAAUGUUAUUUUACACAGUAUCAUUUAAAAAAAUUCUGAUCAGUUAUUUUUUGUGUCUUAAAGGAGACCUCAGUGAAUUGUCCCUUCAGACGGAAAACUUUAUCCAGAAACAUACUCGAAUGCCAGGAGCUAGCUCUAAUGGCCUAGGAAAUGUCAACAGUUUAAGUGGACUAUCCAACCCUGCGACCUCUUCUGCCAGCAGUAGCCCAUUUCCUCCUGACCGCCUGUCCACCAGUAAUCGCUCUGGGAGCUACAGCAGCAUUGUCAGCAGCUCUACCACCACCACCAUGACGGACCCACUUUGUCGCAGUGUUGCUGGUCUUGGUAGGAAUGUCAGCAAUCUGCCAACUGGAUCAGUUCAGCCGGAUAAUUCAAGAUUUGGAUCAUCGAGCUUUGGGCUAUUCACAGAGAAUGGUCUGCCUGGCAUUAUGGCGAGUGGUAAGUGCUGUGAAAGAAGUAAGCCAAUACACAACUUCUUGAAAUGCAGAUAAAUUUUGAAAUAUUUUACAAAGCAAGGACUUCGCUAACCUUUCACAAUUUAUCAAUUAUACAAAACUAUUUAGUGACAAGUACCCAAUGAUAGCUUUGCUUGUCUAGUCAAGAAAUGUUACAGUUUAAAAAAAUUGUUUACACUUUUAGGGUUGGUUUCCAACAAGACCAACCACAACUCCUGGACUUCUGGAUCAACCAACUUUACUGAGUCAAGGUAAAACUUGUACUAUAAUUAUUCUGUAAUUUAUAUCUUUCAUACAGUUGCUAAUCUAAGGCAGAAUAAGGUAUUGUCCAAAACAAAAAAAUGAAGCUCUCUUUGAGUCCUAUUUUGCUAAUGAAUCUCAUCAUGAAUAGAAGGAUUUUGGGUUAAGUUAUUUAAAUAUUUAUCUUUAAUCCAUCCCCAUGUUGAAAUCAAUAAAUUCAACGCUUAUUUGUUUUUAACAGAACCAGUGGCAUUGCAUAAUUGAGAUAACUAAUUGGAUAAUCAACUAACAAUAAAAGAUAUUCAGUAAAAUAACUAUUCAUUAAUUAGAGAUACUAAUAUUUUCUAAACAUGUUUUCUAGCCCUGGUUAUGUCUUGCACCCAAUGGCUGAAUCAAACAAUCUCUCUGGAUUUGGUAUACCUUCACCAAGAGGAAUUGAUGCAUUUGGUUAUGGAAACAACGGUAAGAAUUAGUUUAAAAAAUCAACUUCUGUUCCACUCCAUUGUGCAGACCACUCUGACAAAAACUGAUUCAGUUUGUUUUUUUAAUAAAGCAUUAAAUUUUUUUCUGAUUCUUAAAUUUUCCAUACCAAAGGUAAUGAUCUAGUUUAAAGGAAACAUGCCUUGGCAUCGCUGCAUAAAUCUGCCACGUACAUGGUGUAGGUAUUUAAAGGUCAGCAUGAGAACACAUUAAAAAUUCCACAUUCCUUACUCUAAAAAUAUUUUAUGUUCGAUUGAUAUUAAUAUCAACUACUGCCACCCUACUUAAUUAAUAAAUUUUCUUGUUUUAUUUAUAUUACCUUUGCAUCAGAUCCCGUCUUUUCUCCAAUGUACCCUGAUAAUCUCAGCCAACCUCAAAUGACCAUGAUGCAACAGCUGCAAGUGGAGAGACGCCGUCGUCUAUGGGAACAUCAGCAAAAAUUGAGUAAAGGUCAGAGCAGUCAUCAAAAUUGAUUUUAUUUUAUAAUUUUAAUCCCUAAUAGAUUAUCGGCAUCCUUCCGUCUCGUGAGACGAUGGUGCAUCACCGUUUGGUUGGGUUGCAUUUUCUAGAGUGGCUGUGCAGUCCUAUCCCUAAUAAAAGCUGGCUAAUUCAGCUAUUGAAAUUAAGGACCUGAUCACCUCUGAGUCACAGUAUUUGGACAUGUUCAAUAUUGGUUUGGACUGCCUUUAACAUCUUGAACUUGACUUCUGCAGUCUUUAUUUCUCCUAGUUUAAAUCUUUACUUGGUUUUUGUAUGUUUUAAAAGAAUUUUCCUGUUCACAAAUCACAACUGUCCUGUACUUAACCUUUUAUAUUCAAACGUCGACCAAUUUUAAUCUUUAUGUUCACAUGACGCCCAAUGGUGUCUCUUUAACUUAGCAACAAGAAAAAUUCAUGAUGAAUAUCCCCUUAACCAGGCGCACAUUCUAACAUGUUUACAUCAUUUUCCAAAUAGAUAGAUUACAACUCUUAAAUGAAAAUAGCGUGUUGAAUUCCGAUUUUCAUCAAACUUUGAGUUUUAAUGGAGUUAAAUGAUGUAUUUGAUCAGUUAAUUUAUGCUAGCUGUAGUAAUACAGAUUCCUUCAUUUAAAUUAAAAAAGUGAAAUCGAUAACGUUCAAUUGACAAAGUUAUUGAGUUUACCAUCUUAUAAUGGGGGGUGGGGUGGGGGGGGGGGGGUGUGUUUGUUUCACGGAUAGAAGGUUGUUUUUUUUACUCCUUGUGCUGUGUGGAUAUACAGAGUUUUUGCGUAAGUAUUUUAAUCUCAUCAUUUUUCUUCAAACUUCUAGGUGAAGACUGGCCAGGCUUCAGCACUCCACUAAUCAGACAUGACAGUUUGUGGGACAAUGAUUUCAGCCCUAUGGAACAUACAGCAUGGUCCAGUAAUAUUGACUCCACCCCACCGGGAACUGUAAGUGACAUGUACAGUUCAAUUGUAAGUGUCCUGUGUGAGGUGUGUGUGUUACAUGGGUUUAAAACUUUCAAUGUUCAAUAGCUCUUCUUGACAAGUUACAAUGACAACAAAUGUAUCUCCCCCUGCAACUGUUUUUUUGUAUUGCAUGUUGUUGCCAUUCAACAUCAACGUAGAUUCCAGGGCCUAGCCCAUGAUUGACUUUUUAUGUCUCUCAUUGGGUUUUCGCUUUAAAACAUGCUACAUUAACCUCAGCGGUCACAACAGGGUCUUACCUCAUUAGUUGAGAGGUUUAGAUAGUAAAAGUGACCGACAAGUCUAUCAUUGAUAAUUGCACACGCCAUAGUUGUAUGAAAGAAAGGACAGUCUUUUAUAACAAAGUUAGAGCUUAUUUUUUUAGAAACUUAUUAUCUAAAUUAAUUGUAGAAUAUGCUUAACUCAUUUUUUAAUCCUAGUUAGAAACGUAUGUGAUCGCCAUUGUUGUUGCCGGAAGUAAAAUGGGAACUUUUAUGCUUUAAGCUAGUUUCUAUCUCUUUUCGUAUUUUAAUUUUUCUGUCUGCUGUGGAAGGCUCUUAGCCAAAUAAGUUCUUAUCUUAUUUUCAUAUCUUUCGAUUCAAGCUUCCACAUACCUUGUUCUACUAUUUUCUGCACACAGCUUGAACACAGAACUUUAAUUUCUCAGAACACAGGAUAAUUUAUUAUUAUCCUUUAAAACCAAAGUUGUUAGCCUUAUAUGUGGGCCACAUUGAACCUAACAACUUUCAGCUUCUCACAGACUGCAAUAUCCUACCAACGUUGAAUCCUGAAACCACUUGAAUUGGUUUCUGCUGAACGUCAUCAGCAAGACCAAUUCUUUGCUUUGACCAAACAUUUUGUUUUACCCAAAUACUUUUCUGUUAAAUGUAAGCCUUUUUAAAACCCAGGGCUUCUGGAGCACUCUGACCAACUCUGCCUCUAGUGGCUGGUCAUCUCUGCAGUCGCUCGCCAACAUCUGGGGGAGCACACCAGCACAGCCAGCCGAACAUAACCUGACCAGUCAUGGAGGAUUCAGCUCUCACUCCUCGACGCCAUUGCCCAAUCAGGAGGUAGUUACAACUUUUUUUAAAUAGACUUGAAGUGAACUUCACCCAAGAACGAUCAUAGUGGCCAUUCAACCAUUAUGGCUGCUUCUCUGGUGUUACGGCCGAUAUGGUUAGCCUCUAAUAAAAUUAAUAUUAUAACUUGGCAUCAGAAGUUUCAGUUUUUUUAAGGGGGAUAACAAAUUAGAUAUACUUCCUAUUUAUAGAAAACAAAGGUAAAUAUUUUUGUAGGCUUUUUUGUUAAAACUAAUUUUUAGGACUCAGAUGUCGGCCUUGCAAAACAAAAGCCUAAUUUAUUUUAAUGAUUAUUUUAUGAAAGUGAUUUUGAAAAUGGUUUUGUUGGCAUUACUCGUGGUAGUAAUAAUGACAUCAUUGGAGCUAACACUUGUUUGUAGCAGUUGAAGUUCUAAUAGCGGAAAAUAAGGAUACCAAUGAAUUUAAUAGGGAUUAUAUAAAGAAAUACGCUGGACAUCAAUGGAGAUUUUUAUUUUUUUUAAAUCUCUAUUAACCAAAUUACUUUAUAUUUUCUAAAAUAAAAAAAAAUAUGGUUUUAUGUGCCUGAAAAACUUAUUUAGAUGAUUAAAAAGGACCCAACAGUCCGAGUUAGGGAAAGAUAAACAGUAGCACUAUUGUACUCACUGUUGAAAGGUCAUGGUCAUUUCCAUUUCACAUUAUUCCAACAUCCAUACUGAAUUAUUCCUUGUCCAAUUCACUCUCAGAAUAUAUAAACUGAUAUGGGUCUCUGGAUUCAUAUCCUAUUAGUUUGGGUAUUUCGGUGAUAUUAAAAAAAAAAGAGUUGACACCACGGCACGUUUGCAUUGACAGUUGGUGGACUAAGACAACUUGUAUACAACUUUUUGCCAGCCAUCGGAUGACAGGAAAUGAUUUAACCUACAAACAGCAUUAUCCGGGGAACUUGGAAAGUAAAUGAAUUAGUAUGUGGAAGUUUUCAAUAAAAUCCUACCAGCUAAUGGAUUGGUUUCUAUAAGUUAUUUUCUUGUUUAUUUCUCCGCUGUGCAUCCUUAAACCGGUGCUGUUUAUUUGAGAUGGGCGGCAUGAGAUGGAAUCUCAGAAGUUUUCUCAUAUUUUUUUCAAGCUUAUGACACAAUCUAAGUUUCCUAUUGCCAUCAUCACGGUACAGAUGUGAAGUUUUUUUCUCUAAAUUUGAUUUCUAUUGCUUCUUUUCUAAUUUAUUUUUCCACUAUAGCCCCUUCAACUGAGCAACAACACCCCACCGUUCAACCCCUUCACCUCCAUGGCUGACAUCUGGAGUCCAACUUCUCCAUCUGGAGGACUCAACUCCAUGGGAAUUCAAGGAGCAGCACAGUGGAACCCACUCGGUCCUGCACCUUCCAACAUUCCCCCCACACAUAAAGAAGAAUAAGACACAAACAGAACAUGUGCACCAAUGUGUGAAACAAAUUUUCAGUUUGACAUUUGGAUGAAAGUUUUGUCAUUUGUCCAGUAAGCUCUUGUAAAUGUAAAAAGUAUUUUUAUAAAUUUGUCGGCUGAAAAUCUAAGUGCAACCCCCCCAAAAUUGCGAGAAGUUUUCUACUUAUUAAAGAAAAAGUUUGAUCAUUAUAAAAUAGGUAUAAUUUACCAUUCUCUUCCAUUUCUCAAACUCUGUGCCUUAAACACUGAGUCUGAAACGGAAUGGAAAUGUAAUAAAACAGAAAAGAUCACUGAUUUCUCUUAGUUCCCUACAUAUUUGUGGUGGGUUGUUUUUUCUUUUUACUUGAAUGUACUCUUACAUUUAAAGGCAGCCAUUUUUUAAAAAUCAUGCUCUGCUCAAUAUCAUCUCUUUUCUGCCAUUGAAAGUGAAAUAAGCACCUAUCACCUGCGAGAGAAUUUAACAGUUGUGAACGUUUUGCCAAGCUAAUUUUUUUUUAAUGUAUGCUUUUAUAAAGCUUCCUUUUUUAAAAUUGAUCAACCACCAAAAUUAUCAGUUUAUAUUUGAGUCUCCAGUGCAUCAUAUCUGUACAUUUUUAAUGAAGAAUUUUAAAAAUUUGUAUUGAACUUUCUGACUUGUCUGUCAAUACAGCAAAAGUACACUCAUUAAUAGAACUAAUUUCCAUUAAGACUAUUCAUUGCUGGAUAUCUUUAUUAUCUGGGUGGUAACAUUGUGACUGUUGUAUGUUGAGAAAAAUCUGCUUGACACUUCUGUUCUGCAGCUUUUUACUAUCUUUCUUCUCUCCCCCCCCCCCCCCCCCCCCCAGCCUCAAUGCUCUAUUAAAAAAAAUAUUCCUGCAGGUGGUCUCCCAAUAACCAAGGUUUGAUACAAUAAUGCUACUCCAGGGUGGUAGCACAUCUUUGCACCAAUUAUGUGUUUUGGUAUGUUGAUAUUUUUUUAACAAGUUUGUCUGUGAUAUCUAAAUCAAAUAUGACUGGUUUAUGAUUGAUUUAUAUGAGAUCUGAUAUGACAUUUUUGUGCAAGUUGAUAAUGUGUGUGAAUUUCUUGUGUAACAUGGUGAUUGUAUGAGGUGACAUAGCUGCACAGUGCUGGAGUGGCUAAAAAUAGAAUGAUGGGUGCGGGUGGAUUGAUGGUGUCACUUAAAAUGACAAUGUAAUAUAGUGUUUGAGAGGAUGAUCUAAGCUGUGUUAUAGGCACCAGUAUGUCAGAUUUAAUGUGUGUGUGCAAAUGUUUUAUGCGUGACUGAGUAGAACUGAAGAUACAACAUGCUGAUUAAUGACAUCAAUGUACCUUCAUAUAGGUCAUCCUUGUCUGAGAAAAAAAAGCUCCUAAUAAUAUCUCAUACUAUAAUGCAAAGAAUGAUUUUUUUAUAUAGAAUUUUUUCAUUGUCUCAAGUCAUAAAAUGAUAAAAAGUGCAAGCGUGCUGUUAAGUUCCAAUGCCGAUCUCUUAAACUGGGAUGUUUUGGUCAAAAUUCGACCAUGCAUUUAACAGUUAACACUUUCAUACAUUUCUGCCGAUCAUUGUGAAAUUUGUUCCAGCUGAGUCAGGAUUAGACCUUAUUUUGACGACUGAAGUUUUGGGAAUAAUAAAAUAUCUAUAUAAAUAUUAAGAGGGGGAGAAAAUAAGCUUUUUUUAAAAAAAUUCCCAUCACCCUUAUUUGAACAGUUAACAAGCCAUUUGGUUGUUUAAACCCACCGUCUCAAGUAUGUUAAUGUGUAUAUAGUCACAAUAAUUUUUUUUAAUACCUGGAAAUAUUUCCAACUGAUAUGGUAGAUACUAUUAUGUUGCUGUUUUUUUUUGUUUUUUUUUCUCUUGUUAGCCAAUAUUUACAUUGAGAUCAGUCUUAAGUUGAGUUGGUAUGUCAGCAAAGCUGUAUUUUUUUUAAUAGAUAUUUAAUUUGCUCUCAGUUUAACAUCAUGUGUAACUAAUGAAAACAGUUACAAUGUUUGACACCUUUGAAAUAAAAAUUGUAAAACCAGCUUCAAGAACAAAUAAAUUUAGUGUAAAUUUUAAAAUAAUCUUUAAGUUCAAUUGGUGUGAAAAGAGAGCUGAAUUUAAACUAUUUUUUUUUUCUUUAUCUAAUUACACAAGUGCUCAUGCAUUAAGGGUUUUAGAUAUAUUAUAUAGAUGUAUCAAUUAUUGGUAUUCACUUGAAACUCUUUAACUGUCUACUGUGUAUUUUGAAAAAACAUACUUGUAAUUUUAACUCUUUUGCUGCGGAAUUUUUAAAAUAAAAAAUGUACAUUUUUUUCAAAAAGCAAAAAAAAAAAAAGUGAGAGUUUGGGUUUAUUAAAAAAUAUUUUUUUAAAUAUUAUUGUUUGGUAUAUUAUAAUGCUAAACCUGGGAUCAAAUGAAAGAUAAGUGAAUUGACUAUAUGUUUGUAAACUUAUUUCUUCAGUUUAACUAAAAUAAGUUACAGAAAAGAAACUUAAAAUGUGAAAACCUGAGAUGCAAAACCUUUUCUUCCCCAAACAUUUUGAUGUAGGCAUACAUCAUCUUCACUGCUAUACUCAUCUGUGAUAGUACUAUCGGAAUCAUGGGAUGGAUCUAAAUCAACUUCACUAUCAAAAGAAAUAGUGUAAAACAUUUGAAACUUACUCAUCUUACUAGAACCUAGGGUAGCCAUAGCAACAGUAUUGAUAUAAAAAAAACAAUGCUUCAAAUGGCAAAAAAUAAACCUUGCUUUCACUCAUUAACAAUGAAGUACCGCUCUUCUAUGUAAAAGUCUAAUUUAAACAUAGCUCUUUAAAAGUUAACCGAGAAAUAGCAAAGAAAUGCCACGAUAUUGAAACAAAGCACCGUUCUUUGCUCUGCUUUUUAGCGUGGCGGAUGAACAUUCUGUGUGUUGAACCGCAGCUAAAGCAUUGAAGGCUUACAGCAAUGUCAUUAUUUUUUUUUAUUUUGGAAUAGCCAUUAGAUGUUUACUUUUAAUUAUAGUUGAUGGUGUAAGUGCCACUUCCUCAUAUGGCUAUCCUGCUAGACUUAUGAGUGGAAGAUAUUUGUGUUAUUUGAUAAUGGCCUUGUUUUGUUUUAAUGCUAGCAUGAUCAUGAUAAAUGUUUUGUCCCAUGUCAAAUUAAAUCUGACUGCUAUUGUUUCACACAUUGCCCUGCCAAAGGACCUAUUGAAGGGACCUCUACAUGAUGUCUUUGUUCCACUGAUUUAACACUGUUCAGCCACUGUGGAGUUGGUUGUUUUCUUUUCUAGUUUAAUUUACCUGAAACUUGAAAAGAAAACUAUUUUGUAGAAUGGGUCAUUAUUUUUAAAGUAGCACAGUUUAUUUAUAAAAAUAAUAAGUUUUGAAUUUAUUUUGUUUGAAAAAAGGAUGCUUUUUCUGAAUUCCUGGCUUCAAAAAAAAAUCUGAUUUAGAAAGCCUAUUGUCUAAUGUUUUUAUGUUGAGAAAUAUUACUGAAAUGUCCCAUUAUGCUUGAUCAACUCCACGGCUGAUUAUUAAUUUCUACUAUUGUGAAAAAAAGCUCCAAAUAACUGAACUGAUUCAGGAGAGCUUUAAACAAUCCAUUUGUUUUAAAUCUCUGCUAUCUCAGCAUUGGAGGUACUGGAAAUUGAAAUGGUUGUAUUGAAAAGAGCAAUUGUUUGUUCUAUCAUGCGCAACUACCCACCAAUGAUGACACCCACCUGAUGUGAACUAGUAAACCGAAUAUGACUUAGGAAAAAGUUGCUUACUUCCCCUACCCUUUAGACCAGCAGCGAACUUCUCUCCUCCUCCUCCUCCCCCCCCCCCCUCCCC